AUGGAGGCCGCCAGCCAGGCCCCGGCCAGCGCGGCUGAAGAGCAGAGCCCAGCCAGGCUUAGGGCCAGUGGUCCCAGUCGUCCACAAGUGGCGACUGGGCCUGGUAAGCCUGGUAAGGCAUCAACGAGGCUUCUCGGCGCACCAGCGCCCACUGGCAAGACGAGCCCGAGCUCAACCAGGCCCACCAGCGGCUCGCGUCCUUUGCAGGCGGGAACCAGAUCCGCCGACCAGGCAUCUACGUCAAUCUGCACAGCGGCACCUACUAACAAAACAAACCUGAGCUCAACCAGGCCUCGCAGUGGCCCCAUUCUUGCACGAGGUGGUCCUGCAGACCAGUUGGAAGGCAGAAGGGUGUUGCCAAGAGCGGUGCGGAGCUCCAGGUACGACGACAAAAAGCAGCUGGAGGCUUUUAACCUCUUGCAGCUCAAAGGAAUGCAUCAAGCCCUUGUUGAGUAUGCUGACGGUAAGUUGGCCCCGUCCAACUUGGCUCGGUUCAUCAUUGGGGCACUCUUCGACAGCGAGUUCCGUGGCGGGAAGCGCUGGGAUGUUAACGGGGCGACCGCAGAACCUGCAGACAAGGGUGCCGACAUGUUCGUCUGUGAAAAAAGCGCCGAGUAUGACUGGAAAGAUAUCUGCUCUGUGGCAUCUGCCAAAGCUCGAAUCCAUGUGACGCCGGAGCUGAUUAGUAUUCAUGAGUACUCCUACUAUGUGGCUGGGUGA